ACGUCAGGAAACUUGUAACAAACAAUGACACAAGCCACAGAGACGGACCUGUCAACUCUAAUUUAUUUGGAAGGUGGUUCCAUCCCUUAUUCUGGACCAAGGCAGCUUUUGAAGGUUUACAGAAGAGGAAAAUGGCUCAAGAAACUAACCAUAGCCAAGUGCCUAUGCUUUGUUCCACUGGAUGCGGAUUUUAUGGAAACCCUCGUACAAAUGGAAUGUGUUCAAUUUGCUAUAAAGAACACCUUCAAAGACAGAAUAGUAGUAAUGGUAGAAUUAGCCCUCCUGCAACUUCUGUCAGUAGUAUAACUGAGUCUUUACCAGUACAGCACACAGAAGGCAGUGUCCCGGAAACUCAGUCAACAUUAGACUCUACAUCUACCCAGUCUACGCAGCCAAGUCCUGUGUCAAACCAGUCACUUUUAACAGAAUCUGUAGCAUCAUCCCAAGCAGAAAUUACAGCUGUGGACAAAACAGUACCUGAAACAGAAGAUUUGCAAGAUGAAGGCCCCAGAGAGAGAGGAAAGAUGUACGAUACAGAUUUUAAACUAUGUACUAUAGCUUUAGUGUCAGAGAGUGCAGAGUCUACAUCUGAAGAACAAGACAAGUCACUUGACAAACCAAAACAGAAAAAGAAUCGCUGUUUCAUGUGCCGGAAGAAGGUGGGACUUACUGGGUUUGAAUGCCGGUGUGGAAACGUUUACUGUGGUGUGCACCGUUAUUCAGAUGUACACAGUUGUUCUUACAAUUACAAAGCUGAUGCUGCUGAGAAAAUCAGGAAAGAAAAUCCUGUAGUUGUUGGGGAAAAGAUUCAGAAGAUCUGAACUGCUACUUCUGCUGGAAUAUAAAAUCCCCUGACCAUCUGCAGAUUAAAUUGACUUGAGCUUUUUCCUUAGUCAUCAGGAAUGUAGAGCAGUGUAUCUUGCCUAGACCUUUUAAUCAUGCAUGUCAUCAGAAGAAUAGAUUUUUUUGUUUGUUUUUGUUUUGAAAAUGACUCUGAACAUUUAUUUUCAUUGCAGUUUUCUGUGGCUGAAGACUUAAGUAAACUUUACAAGUAUUAUCCUUUAAGAUCAUUUUAAUUUUAGUUGAGUGCAGAGGGCUUUUAUAACAAACAUGGAGAAAACAUGGGAGGGCUGUGCUUUUCCAGUACAAAACAUGCAUGCAUUAACGUUGCAGUUUAUUUUCUUGUUGUAUAUAGCUUUUCUCUGCAGCACGAUUUCUUUUUUGGUAAUGCCUCAUGGCACAACUAGUUAUCAGUAACUGAAUGUAUUUUAAUCAUUAUAGCUGCUUCUGGUUUUCAUUAACGAGACAGGUUAAACAUGUUAGCAUAUUAGCUUGUUUGCACCCACUACCUAUUUAUGUAUGAAUCAUUUGUAAUGAGAGAGUGUGUGCUGAGAUUAUAAGUUUGUGUGGGGUUUUUUUUUUUUUUAAAUAGAUUUUGUUUUCGUGUGUGUGUGGGGGCGGGGUAGGCUAGUAUGCACCUCAUUGCUGACUGAAGGUUUCACUGGGAUUACAUUCAUGAGUCUGUAUGUACACAAAUAUGAAGAAUGAUCUGAAGUAACUGUGCUGUAUUUAUGUUUAUCCACGUCUUAACUUUGAUUAAAUAAAAUUUUAAAAAAAUGGG